UUCGGCCAUUUGAAGUAAAUAUGAACAAAACAUCAGAAAAAGAAAAGUAAAAGAGAAAAAAGAAAAGAAAGAGAGAAGAAGAAGAAGAAGAAGGAAGAGAAAGCAGUGUGAAGGGAAGACGAAAGGAAAUAGCUUUUUACAAAAGAGAGUGAAACUAGAAAAAGCACUUAUGCUUUUUGUUUGUUAAACACUUGAACCCCUAAAUUGGAACUAAUUCCAACGUCUAACUUGUGGCCUGUGUUGCUUUGCUUCCAACAUUUUUUUGUGGAAAAACAAUGAGCUAUAACAGCUCUACUGUGGGCUCUGGUAGUAGAACUGGCAGGAUGACCUUUGAGUUUGGGAGGACCCAUGUGGUCAGGCCUAAAGGGAAGCAUCAGGCAACUAUUGUUUGGUUACAUGGCCUAGGUGAUAAGGGAUCAAGUUGGUCUCAGCUCUUGGAAACUCUUCCUCUACCAAACAUUAAGUGGAUUUGUCCUACUGCUCCUACUCGACCCGUGGCAUUAUUUGGUGGAUUUCCUUGCACUGCUUGGUUUGAUGUGGGAGAUAUUUCAGAAGAUUCUCCUGAUGAUUUAGAAGGCUUGGAUGCUGCAGCAUCACAUGUUGCUAAUCUUUUGUCUACAGAACCUGGUGAUAUUAAACUUGGUAUUGGAGGCUUCAGUAUGGGUGCUGCAACUGCAAUUUACUCUGCAUCAUGCCGUAUUCUUGGGCAAUAUGGAAAUGGAAACCUAUACCCCAUUAACCUUAGUGCAGUUGUUGGGCUCAGCGGCUGGCUUCCUUGUUCAAGAUCUUUGAGGAACCAGAUUGGUGUGUCACAUGAAGCUGCAAUGCGGGCUGCCUCUCUGCCCAUUUUACUCUGUCAUGGUUCAGGUGAUGAUGUCGUUGCUUACAAACAUGGCGAGAAAUCUGCACAUACUUUAAGUUCAGCUGGAUUUAGAAAUCUAACAUUUAAAGCCUAUAACGGGCUGGGACAUUACACCAUUCCUGAGGAGAUGGAUGUUGUCUGUCAAUGGCUGACAGUAAUUUUGGGGCUCGAUGGCUUACGAUUAGUUGACCACUGAAGAUGUUACGGAGAAAAGCAUGGAGAUAAACGAGGAAGACCACUUUUAGGUUUGUAACAAAAAAUGGUAGAGAUGGUCGAGCGUAGGGGCGGCAGUGUGAAUGGCCAUAGUUAUAAGUUCUUUAAUUUUGGUUGUUUCGUUAGUAAAGAAUAAACCAUUGCCUUUCUGGUUUCUGGUCUUUAGCAAAUCUGAUAGAGUUAUUAUCUACGUUUUCCUUUUUCUAUUUUGUUUUUUUAGCCUAAGUGUGGGGGUAUACGAAUCUGAGAAAUUUUUUCUAUGUUGUAAUCUAAAUAUAGAUCCUUUUUCUAAAUCUACAUAUGGCUACCUACUAAUUACCACAUAUCACAAUCAAUGUCCAAUCUUCUAGUUCUUAUAA